GUCACACUGAUGACUUGAAUAAAAAAACAGUGGCCGGAAUUAAACUCGUCACAUUAGUUUCUUCCAUAAAUUAACUUACAAAAAACACGAUGAGCUGUCCAGGAUUUGGGGAACUGAACAUACCGUCCUCACGUGCCUUUUGGGACGACUGCGAGGAGGAUGAGUUUGAGAAUCUGAAGCCGGUGGAGAAGCUGAAGCUCAAAUUCGAUGGCGAAUCGUCUGGAGAGGAAGCCCCCUUGGAGAGUGAUCUCCUAUUGGUCAUUGAGGGCGUCCACGUCACCCAUUUCGGCACCUCUGCGCUGGCAAAAGAUUCGAAACUCGUUUGCGGUAUUCCUGCCAAGAGCUCGUCCCUGCACUGGAGUCCUUCGACCAAACAGCUGCUUGCCGUCUUGGAGGAAGACCUGACCAGCAGCGGCGAGAUCACUGAACUUCUAUUGCCCUACGCCAAGCUGGCCAAGAAAGUCAUCACCCUGACGCUGAAACCAAAGGUCGAGUUUAAGAGUGAGAAUAUUCAGUUUUACCGGGACCACAUUGCCAUUGUGCGUGGCGUAGGUGUGAACCAGAAGGAUGUCACCGAACUAGAGGCUCCCAACUUCAUAGCCGGAGUGGCGGCCGGAGUUGCCACUUGGAGGGAUCAGGAGGAGUUGCCAGUGAGCUCCUUCGUUGUCUACACCGACAAGCUGCCCUUGGACUCUACGGCGGCCCAGCCAGUGAUCAAGCUUCUCCAAAGCUUGGGCGUGUCGUGCAGCUCCGGCUACAUCCCACUCCGCAAGGAGAACUCCUAUUUGUACAUGUAAAACUACUUUCGGCUGUGUUCUUCCUAGUUUUAAUGCUUGUAAAAAUGUUGCGGUUGCGGAAUAAAAAAUCGAAUUACUUCAGUACUUCAAA